UUUUACAGCAGACUGGCGGUCACAGAGGUGGUUGGGAUGAAUAUGACCACCAGACUUUCCUUAAAUUCAGAAAUAGACACAAGGGUAAACAGUCAUUUUUAGACGUGGCACUCAAUUCACUCCCAGGUCGCACAAUGCUGGAAGUGAAAGAACAUGAGAAUUGGUAUCAGGAAUACCUCGCCUUGUUGGAUAAAAAGAAAAUUGGAAUACAAAAAUGGAAAAUACAGAAAAAGGCUGAGAAGGAGGAGUUGAUAUCUAAGGUUGGUGAAGAUGAUAUUGAGAGCAGUGAUGAUGAAGAAACAAAGCAGAAAAAAGCUCAACAAAUGGAGAAGGAAAAAAUAGAAAAAAUGGAAAAAUUAAAUGCGUGGAAGGUGCAAAAAGAGUUGGAACGCAUGCAAGAAGAAGAGAAGAAAAUGAAAGAACAACUUCGACACGCUCAAAACAGAGAGAAAGAAAGAAAAAGACAGUUGGAACUCAAGUCAAGAGUGAGAGAAUAUGCCAAGCAGAAGAAGGAGGAAGAGGAAAAUCAACAUAUUGAGAUGCAGAUUAGAAGAGAAAUUGAGCUGGAGGAGAAGCGACGGGUUGCGGAGGCUGAGAUUUCACGUUUUCAAGAAAGAGAUCAGAGGCGAUUGAUAGAGAAACAAGCAAAAGAGAAAGCCAAGGAAGCUGCAUGGCAGAAGAAACAACAACAAUUAGAAAAACUGAAGGGACAGGUCAAAGUUCAAGUUCAGAGAGAUCCGUCUCGAUUAUAUAAAUUAACAGAAGGGUGGAAAGAAAGACAGAAGGAUUCAGAAAGCUCACACUCAGGACAAAUGCUGCAUAUACCACAUAGAUCCGUGCCAUCUUGGAGAUCAGGACUUUAGUCAACUUACUGCCACGCCAAAUUUUUCAACAUUUAGAUCCAUAUUUAAAAGUUGGACUUCGUCAGAACACUGAAGACAAUAGUUGAAUAAUGUUAUGAUUUAGCAUAUUUUUUGAACACACACUGAGGCCACACAAUCCUGCAAUGCUCCUACAAAGCUUUCAAUCUAUCAUAAUUUAUCAAUUCCUUGCAACAAACAGUACACUGCUAGUGUGGAUAACUCAACUAUCCUUGCUCAUUGACAAUAUUGUCUGGUUCAUAUACUCAGUGUUAUGACUGGUCACCUCUGUGAAUCCAUAUUUCGCACUUACCUAAACCAAUCAUGUUCAAACUUCACACGUAUAUCAUGGGAUACAUAUGCAUGUGUACUUGUUUCAUGAUUCAAUUUAAGAUUGUCGAAUGGCAGCCAUUUUAAUGCAUAAAAUUCUUCAAAAUCAAGCAUUUGUCAUUUUCGGACCAGAUCUUGAUUGUGUGUAAAUGGAUUUUAUUCAAACCUGUUACAUUUUAGGAUCCAUAUCAUUGACAUACCUUAACAUGUUCAGACUUCACAUGUACAUUAUACAUCUCAUGUUAAAUAUAUACAUAAUCGAUACAAUUCAA